GCACUGGUGCAUUAGUGCAGAGUUCACUAUUCUCUUAUCAACUGUGCUCUCGGUUAAAAGUUGCUAUUUGUUAUACAUUAAUAUAUGUUCAGCCUUUCUCUCUCUAAACAGCUCGACAUAGCAGCAGGAAUGAGCUCUUGUUCUGGACCAAAAGAUGCUAAAGUUGUAAUUGUAGGUUCAGGUUUUGCAGGGUUGGCCGCUGCAGCCACAUUGGUGAAAGGAGGAUUUGAAAAUGUCCUGGUUCUUGAGGCGAAGGAAAGAAUUGGAGGUCGAGUGCACACCAUUAAACCCUUCACCGAGAACAUCAUUGAAGUUGGAGCGAACUGGAUCCACGGACAGAAAGGUAACUACCUAUACAAGUUUGCGAUGGAGAAGAACUUGCUAUGCGAGGGACCUUCUGCAUCCAAAAACAUGUGCCUGCCCCGUUCUGUAACCCCUCAAGAUUACUUUUUCAAAGAAGAUGGGAAGCAGGUCUCCAAAACAGUUGUAGAUCAGGUGUGUUCAAACUUCAGCAAGCUCACCGACAAAGCUUUUGAUGACGAACUUGAGCGCAAGCACAGGGAACUAAGUCUUGGUGCUUAUCUGGAUGAUGCCUUUGGUGAAUCUCCUUUAGAAGCGAAAGAAGAUGCCCACCAAGUUUUUGAAUGGUGCAAAAGGGCUGAAUGCACAGAUGAGGCUUGCUCUAGCCUCUAUGAGGUGUCUGCGUCUCAGAUUAACUAUUACACUGCUUUAGAGGGAGGAUUUUUUAACACUUUGGGACCUGGUGGCUAUCAAGCAAUUUUAGAUGUUCUCCUGAAAGAUCUGCCUUCAGGAACCAUCCAGUGUAGUGCACCUGUCAAGAGCAUCCGAUGGGAUCUGGUCAAAAAGGGCCACUGUGAAGACCAAAGGUAUCCUGUUCAGCUCGUUUGUGAAAAUGGACAGAGCUUUGAGGCAGACCAUGUGAUCGUCACCGUUUCUCUGGGGGUUCUCAAAGAUAAAGCCUCAACCAUGUUUGAACCUCCCUUACCGCCAACAAAACUUUCUGCGAUUGAGAAUCUCGGAUUUGGCAUAGUAGACAAAAUAUUCUUGUUUUUUGAGAAGAGAUUCUGGCCAGAUGACUGUGCUGGGGUGCAGUUGUUGUGGAAAGAGGGGCCUGAAGAUAAAGAUGUUUAUGAGUCUCUGUCUGAAGGAGAAGCCUGGAAGAAGACAUGGUUCAAGAAGAUCACUGGUUUUGAUACAGUGGCCCGUCAUCCCACGGCUCUGUGUGGCUGGAUCACAGGUAGAGAAGCACUGUAUAUGGAGAAGCUUCCGGACAGUGAAAUAGGAGAAAUCUGUGUAAGGUUGCUCAGGUCUUUCACAGGCUGGUCAGUGCCAGAGGUCUCAAAGACACUGAUCUCCAGAUGGGGCUCUGAUUCUCACGUCCGUGGCUCCUACACAUUUAUUCCUGAUGGUGUUGAUGGAGUGAAAGCACACAAUGCAUUAGCAUCACCUCUUCCUCCUAAUGAUGAAUCCAAAGGGAGGAAGCACCUUCAGGUGUUGUUUGCUGGUGAAGCUACACAUGAGAACUUCUACACCACGACCCAUGGAGCGUAUCUCACAGGGCUCAGAGAAGCAGAGCGACUCAUAAGCUAUUACGCUGAUUGAGCAUACAGAGAGGAAAACAUACACUUUGUUUCAUAAAGAUAUCAUUUUAUGAAUUUCACAUUUUAUAGACUUGCUUUCUCAACCUAAUCUUACACAAAACUAGUGUUUAAACGAGCCAUAGGUCAUUUUACAGCUGCCUAUCAAACAUUAUUAUCUGUGAGUUUUAAGAUACAUCCAGCUGGCCAUGGUACAAUGCAUAUCUCCAGGGAAUGUUAAAUAAUAUUUUAUAAAAAUGAAAGAUGAUUACAUUCAUUUUAUAAAAUUAAUUAAAUAAACUUAACGAGUGGUUUUUAAUCUGUGAAACAGUGCUCUCAGGUGGCAUGCAGCAUGACCCCUGACAAUUUAAUAUUGAUCAACAUAAAAUUUUAAGAACUUCCGAUUUAGUUCGCUGUUUAAUGACACAGUGCCUUGACUUAAAUGAAGAAUAUAUCUGGGAAUAUGUAUAUUUGUUUAUUUAAAUGAA